ACUUUAUUCGGUGCUAUCGGAGCAAAAGCCUCCAAUAUACGUGCGGCGUUUUUAUCUGAAAACUGAAAAUCAGGCCGACCUGGCAGAGGUUAAUCCGUUGGUCUACAGAGAACCGGUUGCCGAUUCGCUAUGGAAAAGGAGUCGCAAGCAGUGCUGUCAGCAUCUGCUGGAGAUGAUAGUCUAGUUCCAGCAGUGUACGAAAAUCGCACCAAAGGGCUUCGAAAAGAGCGGCUAUCCUUUCACUACACAUCGCUGGAGAAACCAUCGGAGUUGUGCCGUUGCCAAGUUAUCAUCCGAGACGUCAGCCACGUUGGAUCACAUGUAUCAAAUUAUCUUAAUGCCAACACGGAAGAACAGUGGUUAACGAUCGGUACAGCCAUUACACCGAUUGAUUGCUAUGUAGAACUGUUACUUCAACAAAUGCUGACAAACGAAGAAAGUAGAUGCACGAUAGAAACAAAGACGAACGAAGUUUCUUUUACCAUGAAAUUGCUGCGUAUCGACGACCACAAAUAUUACUAUCAGCUGAGCUUUACCGAGAUGCUGGAGCUUGUUAAACGCUACAAGGAAAACGGUGUAAAGAUGUUUCCCAAGUAUCCACUGUUUGCCCAUGCAUACUUCAAUCGUGCCGUCAAGUGUCUCCUGUCUUGGUCUGUUACCGAGGAGCCCGAGGCAACCGGCUCAAAAGAAGAAGUACGAUCGCUACUCGAAACGCUGUAUCUCAAUAUCUCUGCCUGCUUGAUUAAGCAGAACCGGUACGAUGAAGUCCCACACGUGUUGCAGUACACCAAUGCUCAGGAGAUUCCUUCUACGAAGGCGACGUAUCGGAAAGCGUUGGCCCAUUACAUGCUGAAACAGUUUCCGGAAGCGAUUGCCACGUUACAGAAAAUAGAUUAUGCCAGCAGCAAAGAGUGUGUGGCGCUUCACAAACAAAUUAUUCAAGUUCGACAGCAGGACGACAGUAACUACAACACGAUGGUAAAAAAAAUGUUCGGAUGAAUCUGUAGUUAUUGACAGGAAAAUAAAAAAAAAAUAAUUUAACAUACCAAUGUUUGCACAAUU